AUGGACUUUAUGACAGAAUCCCAAGCGGCAAAAAGUUAUGGAUCUCUGAUCUACGUAGCCACGCAGAUAGCAUCUGGAAUGAAGUAUUUAGAAUCUUUAGAUUUAAUACAUAGAGACUUAGCUGCCAGGAAUUGUGUAAUAGACAAGAACUUUACGGUAAAAAUAUCAGAUCAUGCAAUGUACUGUGAGAGAUAUGAAAGUGAAUAUUAUAUAAGUGACACAAAGGCGAGGUUACCAAUCCGAUGGAUGUCUUGGGAAGCACUCCUGCUGGGUCGACAAACAACCAAAAGUGAUGUGUGGGCGUUUGCUAUAACUUUAUGGGAAAUAUUGAUGCUCUGCACACAACAACCAUAUGCUGAGCUAACAAGUGAACAGGUGGUCGAAAAUGCAAAUCAUUGGUACCAAAACGAUGGAUGUCAACGAUAUUUGCCUAGACCCCAAUUGUGUCCUCGAGAAAUAUACGACUUAAUGGGUGAAUGCUGGAAAAGGAACGCAGCUGACAGGCCACGUUUUUCCGAAAUACAUCUUUUCCUACAACGCAAGAAUUUAGGCUUCAUGCCUACCAACAAUCAACAGAUAGUUUAA